AUGAGUGAUUUAGCAGUGGCAAAGUUGAUUCAUAAUCAAUCUUCUGGUCUUGUCCAAGAUAGAUGCUAUGUUGAUACUACUAUUAGUGAAGCCGGUGUAUGCAUUGAGGUUGAUCGAUCUCUUCUGGGUAAAUCGGAUGAUUGA